UACCCUCAUUCGUCUUUUGAGGCGACCACGUAUCUCUCUCUCUCUCACUGUGUCUUGUCUCAUCAUCAUCUCUCUAUCAACAAUGGCGAUUCGUUCCGUAGCCAGCAGAAAAACCCUAGCGGGCCUAAAGGAGACAUCUUCGAGGCUUCUUGGUCUCCGAUCAAUCCAGACCUUCACGCUUCCUGAUCUCCCCUAUGAUUACAGCGCCUUGGAGCCGGCGAUCAGCGGCGAGAUCAUGCAGAUCCAUCACCAGAAGCAUCACCAGGCGUACGUCACUAAUUACAACAAUGCCCUCGAGCAGCUGGAUCAGGCCGUCAACAAGGGAGACGCUUCCGGCGUCGUUAAGUUGCAGAGCGCCAUCAAGUUCAACGGCGGAGGUCAUGUGAACCACUCUAUUUUCUGGAAGAAUCUUGCUCCUGUCAAGGAAGGUGGGGGAGAGCCACCAAAGGGAGCUCUUGGCUACGCCAUUGACACUCAUUUUGGCUCCCUUGAAGGUUUGGUGAAGAAGAUGAGUGCUGAAGGUGCUGCUCUGCAAGGGUCAGGAUGGGUGUGGCUCGGUUUAGACAAAGAGCUUAAGAAGCUUGUGGUUGACACAACCGCCAAUCAGGAUCCACUUGUGACAAAAGGAGGAAGCUUGGUUCCUCUGGUGGGUAUUGAUGUUUGGGAGCACGCCUACUAUUUACAGUACAAGAAUGUGAGGCCGGAGUAUCUGAAGAACGUGUGGAAAGUGGUCAACUGGAAAUAUGCAAGCGAAGUUUAUAAGGAGUGCAAGUGAGUUCGUUACAUAAAGAGAGGAACCAGUUCCCAGCUCGGCUUUGUUUUUAUAAGUUUGUUUGAAACAAACGUAUAAUGUCUCUUUGGUCUUUGAGUUAGCUCGAAAUGACCAUGUGGUUGCAAUAAUACACGUUGUUUUACGAUACAUUUUCCAAUAAUAAAAUUUUGCUACAUUCUAAUA